GUCAAAAUGUGUAUUUGAAAGUCCCAAUAUAUGACACUUUAGAUUUCCAGCCCAGGAUGUGUUUCUGAGAGAAUUGCAGUACAGGUCACAGUCACAGCUCUGCUGGCUGGGCCCUGCUCCAUACCACGGUUUUUGGAGUGUGCAGAGUGACAGUGAGGGAACGCAGAAAUGGCAUUGCAGGCAUUCUUUUCUCUGCACUGAAAAAACUUCAGUUGUUGGUAGGAAGGAAACAUGAAAGCAGAAGAGGCAGAAGCAGUAUUGAAGUUAAAAGGUUAGUCACAGUUUUGAAUCAAGUUGCAGAACGGCUGUGUGGGUGGCUGGAAACACAAGGGUCUGUGGGUGCAGGGCUUAAUCUGACUUUAAAAUAAAUACUUUAAGGAAACUACAUGAUGUAAAAGGGGAGCUGAAGAGCACUGGGCAGUCUUGUGCUGAUGGUGAAGGGGUAUGUGUGUGCGCCUCGUUAGCCAGAUAAGAUGGGGUGUUUUGCCCACAGAAUCAGCUGGAAAUGUAUGGUUCCAAAACAGCCCUUGUAUCUAGGUCAGGGACUCAAAACUGUGAGGUAAGAUGACUGUAGCUUCACUAUAUUUAGAGCACGUUUCCCAGUGCUGAUGCACAUCCCAGUCUACAGCAACACCGCAGCAGCCAUUUCGGGCACGACUGCCAUACCCUGCUUGGAGUUCUGGGAGAACAAGGCGCCUCUAACAGAGGGCUGGGCCAGGAGGCGGGAAUGGAAUGGUUCGGCUCAUGAGGCAGGAAUGGUUCGGCUCAUGAGGCAGGAUGGUUCGGCUCAUGAGGCAGGAAUGGUUCGGUUCAUGAGGCGGGAAUGGGUCGGUUCAUGAGGCGGGAAUGGUUCGGCUCAUGAGGCGGGAAGUGCUCGGUUCAGGAGGCGGGAAUGGUUCGGUUCAGGACGCGGAAAUAGCUCUCGGUUUAUGAAGAGGGGAUGGCUCGGCUCCGGAGGCGGGGAUGGUUCGGUUCAGGAGGCGGGAAUGGUUCGGUUCAUGAAGAGGGGAUGGCUCGGCUCCGGAGGCGGGGCGGGCAGUGUCCGCCGGCGGAAGCGCUGUGUGCGGAACCGCUGUGCGCGGAACCCUGGCGGCGGCCGCGGGAGCCGGCCGGGCCGCACGCCGCGCCGCUCGGCGGAGGCGGGGCCGGUGCCCACGUGUGUGUGCGGGGCCAUGGCGGCGGGGCCGGGGAUCCCGGGCAUCCAGACGUGCCUCAGGGUGGCGGGAGCGGCGGCGGCGCGCCCCGAGUGCUUCCUCAGUGUGCAGGAUGGACUGGCUGCCGACUUUAGAGCAAUGACAAAGACUCUCUACGAUUUGAAUAAAGGCAGUAACAUAGUUCGUGGGGGCCCUCUAAAAGAGCUGGUGAUAGAAAAUUUUGACGAAGAACAGAUUUGGCAGCAACUAGAGCUCCAGAACAAUGCAGUUCUCGACUUCUUCAAGAAAUCCAUUGCAAAGGAUGCCGAGGAUGAAGAUCUUUGCCUCCUCUCAGACCAGGAAGAGGAUGGCUCUGAUGCAGAGACCAGCAGUGACAAGGAGUUGGAAGACAACAUAAUGGAAGAUGAAACUGAACAGAUUAAUGUUCAUACAAAAGACAAAGAUAAAACUAAAGCUAAAGAAAAGCAAAGUAAACUCAGCAAAAGCUUAAUGCAGAAGUACAGUGAUGAGGAUUCUGAUAUUGACUUUGAUAUUGAAGCACUGGAGCAACAAGCUAAAACAGCCAAGGAAACCACAUUAAGAAAAAAGGGAAGAAAAUCUGUAGUGGAUGACAAGUUUUUCAAGCUAGCUGAGAUGGAAACUUUUUUAGAACAUGCAGAGAAGGAAGACAAGGAAGAAGAAGAUGAUGAUGAUAUUAAUUAUUUUGAAGACAUUAUCUCAGAUGAUGAGGAAGACUCUGAAGAAGCUAAAGUCAAACCAAUUAAAAGUUCUAGAGAUAUGACAUAUGAAGAUUUCUUUGAUUCAGUUGAUGAUGAUGAUGGUGAUGAUGAUUUAGUAGCUAAUGAUGCUGAAAAGGAUCAGGAAGAGGAAGCAGACAGCGCUAUUGAAGAGCAAAAUGAAGAAAGCAUGUCUGAGUUUGAGGAUAUGGAUGAAAUGGUGGAGCACAUGAGAAGUAAAGAAGCUUCUAAAAAAGUAACUUUUAGUUUGCCAGAUGACAGUGAAACAGAACAUGUAAUUGAAGAGCAAUUAGAGAAGGACAUCAGUCCCAGUGAAAUAAAGUCAUCAUUUGAGAAGAGACAGGAAAAGAUGAGCAAAAAAAUAAAAAGCUUGGAAGAUGCAUUGCUAGAGGAGAAACCUUGGCAGCUUAAAGGAGAAGUGACUGGACAGAAGCGGCCUGAGAACAGCCUUUUGGAAGAAACAGUCCUUUUUGACCAUGCAGUCCGAAUGGCACCUGUGAUCACAGAAGAAACUACUUUUCAGCUUGAAGAUAUCAUUAAACAGAGAAUACUGGAUGAGGCAUGGGAUGAUGUAGUACCAAAAGAAAAACCCAAAGAGGAAGCUUCUGAGUACAAGAAGCGGAUCAGUUUGGAUCAUGAGAAGAGUAAGCUGAGUCUUGCUGAAAUCUACGAGCAAGAAUACAUGAAACUUCACCAGCAAAAGACUGAAGAGGAAGAAAAUCCUGAACACAAAGAAAUUCAGGAAAUGAUGGAUUCACUCUUCCAGAAGCUGGAUGCACUUUGUAAUUUCCACUUCACACCCAAACCACCGGUGCCAGAAGUCAAAAUCGUUUCGAACCUUCCAGCUAUAAGUAUGGAAGAAGUAGCACCAGUUGCUGUUAGUGAUGCUGCUCUCUUAGCACCAGAGGAGAUCAAGAAAAAGAACAAAGCUGGUGAUGUGAAAACAGAUGCAGAAAAGACUCCCACAGACAAAAAACGAGAACUAAGAAGGAAAAAGCUCCGUAAACGUAUGAGGCGAAGGGAAAAGGAGAAACGUGAAAAGCUUCUUGAGAAGAUGAAACCAGAACAAGGCACAAAACUUAGCAAAAAAGCUGCUGUAGCAAAAUUAAAAAGGCUUACCAAAGAAGGCAAAGCAUCUCUGCUCAAGGAUGAAGGUAAAGACAAGGCCUUGAAAUCAUCCCAGGCCUUCUUUUCUCAGCUACAAGAUCAAGUGAGAAUGCAAAUCAAAGAUGCCACCAAAUUAAAGAAGAAACAGAAGAAGGAGAAAGCAAUCUCUGUUCAAAAACUGAAGUUGUAAUUUACCUUUUUUAUAUGUUGCAUCUUGUAUAUAUUAAAUUUUUUCUCCAAAUUUGA